AUGAAGGACUCGGAGAAAACCUUAGAAAACCAAGGAAUUACCCUACUACCUCUUUUUAUUUUUAGCAAGCUACGAUCGACGGUUUAUAGAGUUGUGUCAUUAUGGUGCUCGACCUUGAAGGAAGGAAGCCAUUGCGAAAUUAUUUCAGAAGCUGUUAUAAAAGAAAUAAUUCAUGAUUUAAAGCCUCGCAGCAAACAUUUUUCGUUUACGUCAAUCAAGCGUGAUAAAGAGCAUCUUGAUGAAAUAUUUCUUAUGUUAGACUUUUCAAUCGGAAUUGAAAAUGAUUGCGUGCUUCAUCAGCAAGCCUAUUUUUGCCUGGAACAAUUAUUAUCAUCAUCUGGACACAAGAUUAAAUGUUCUAUUUUAAAGGACGUGCAUAAUACUCUAUUGGAUAUCAGUAUACAAAUGCACUCAUUGCAAAUGACAAAGCCAUAUUCAAGUAGCAUUAGGAAUUCUCGCCUGGAAGUAUACAAAUUACUGGUGUUCUUAUUGAAAUCGCGGAACUGUGGAUGUCCUGCACCUUUGGAAAUAAUUAUAAGUCUUAUGGGCGCAUUUCGUUCAUGCGAUAGCCGGAUUGACUUAAACCAAAACUCACACUUUGAAGCUCUAGAGCAAAUGAUUCAUUCUCAUAAGAGCAAUAUUUAUUUUAAACAAAAUCCUACUGAUAUUCAGUACUUAAAUUCAGCACAAGAAAAUGGAAAGUUAUCAGGAGCCGACAAAGAAUCGCUAUCGACAUUUUGCAGUCAUAGAAAAUGUAAUCAAUUACCUUCUCAUAUUGAUCAUAUUUCUCAAAAUUGCAGUAAAUAUGAUUAUCAUGAUUCACAUUGUAGGUCAAUGACGGAUUUAAUAAGAGUCCACGAACAGGAACUGAAUACAAUAGGGCUUGAUAAUAAUUCAUCAAAUAAAUCGUUAUUUUUGGGAAAUGGUUCUAAACCAUCUGAAAAUAAAAUUAUAUUUAUACCAUUGAGCAAAGAUGUAAGCAAUCACGAGGUAAAUAAUGAUGAUAGUAGGAAGAUUUUUAAAAAUUACAACUUAAAAAACUUUGAGAAAAACGACAAAUCUUUAACAUCAAGCAUAAAAUUAGGAAACGAUGAUAUUAUGAUUGCAGAAUUGGAAGCAACUUUCGUCAAUGAACUUAAACAAUAAAGACAGGCUUUAAAUAAUAUUAUAAAAGAGUAA